AUGAGCUUAAACAAAUGCACCAACGUCACCGGACGCAUCACCAUCUCCCCCUCCGCACCCCGAGACAUCCAAAUCAACGGCCCAAAAUCUUUGAACAUGCUCCAGGUCACAUCCGCCAAAUCCCUGCGCUCGAUAUCGUCCUCUUCUGUCCAGUCGAUCGAUAGCAUCAAGCUCAGUGGCCUGCCCAAUCUCGCAUCCCUCAGCUUCUCCGCGCUUAACACCCUAGAAAGUCUACAGCUGGAGGACCUCCCCGCCCUUGAGAAUUGCAGCUUCGGUCUGGGACCGCGGACUGCAGUGAAGGUGUUCAACACGAGUCUGCAGAGCGUAGAAUGGCUUAAAUGGCCGGUCGCAACCUCGCUGAAUAUCUCGAGUAAUGAGAAUCUCCGGGCGGUUAGCCUGCCAUGGGAAGUAAUAGAUGGGGCUGUGGAAAUUAAUGAGAAUCCUGCCUUGGAGAAGGUGGAUGUUUUCUCCAUCAAGGACGUGAAAGGAGACUUUACGUUGGAGGGCAACGACGCGCUGAAGAGUUUGACGUUUGAAAAGUUAGAAAGCGUGGAGGGGAAUGUGCUGCUUAGCGGGACUUAUGGAAAUGUUUCGAUGCCUGUGUUAAACAAGGUUGGUGGAGGGUUGACGAUCAAAUCAACCGACAACAUUCAAGAGUUCUGCGAUGAGCUAGACAAGCAGGGGUUGAAGGCAAAGUACGAAUGCACGUCCGAAGUGCAGAGGGCGGAUGAUGCGUCGGCAAAACCUGCACCACCGAAGAAUUCAGACAGUGCUCCCAAACCUUCUGAUGGUGUGGAUGAAGAGGAUGCAGGCGACGACUUGACCAUCGGCGCCAAAAUCGGCAUCAUCACCGCCUCUGUCAUCCUCGGUCUCUUCCUCGUUGUCGGCGCACUGUCCUUCUUCCGCGCCAGAUCUCGAGGCAAGGUGCGGGAAAUCGUCAUCUCAUCUCCACGACCAAUUUCUGCACCGUCGGUAGCGGCGAGUUCUGCCUCAAGCCCAAAGCUGGAGAGUGCUGAGGCUGUGGCGGUGGGGAAAGGAGUAAAGGACGUGGGUGGUGUGAGAGUUGUGUUGAAUGGGGAGGAGAUGAGGGAAGUGGAGGUAGAAGGGCGAAGGGGGAGAGGAGAAGUGCGGAGGGAGGAAUGGCGGAGAAGAGUGAGUAGUGCGGGGAGUGAGGUGCCGCUUAUCGAGAGGAAUCCGCUUGUCUAG